GGUGAUGUUUGGACGAAACGAGGCGGCUCAAGCGGCGGGUUUGUGAUUUGCGGCAUUUCGAAAGUCAUAUGCAUGCAUUAGUGGAGAGUUUAUUGUCGAGUUUCUUCAGGUUUUUAGCGCUGGUUAUGAAGCUGAGUGAGUAGCAGGGAAAGUCUACGGGAUCAAGCCAUGCGUUGGCGUCUUUUGGGUUGUGUAUACCGCGGAUCGUACGUGGUUGAGACUCGUGACGUGAGUUUAGAAAACAGUGUCGCUCGCGAGGAGUUUGAGUUGUGAGUGCUCGGAGAUUUGGCAUUGUGGGGAGGCAUUUGGAGGUUGAUCUGAAUGCAAUUGAAAUCUGCUCCAGAACGUGCAUUGUUCCUGCACGCCUACGUAUGCAUCAAAAGGGACUUGCUAUCAUUGUGAUUUAAAUCAUCACGUGGUAGAAAGCCUACGGGUAGGUUGGUGUGGGUUAAGAUGUCGAUCGGGGAAGCCGAGCACGCGGAGUGCCCAAGCCCUGUAACACCAUACAUUCCCACUUAUGUUAUGCUGCCGCUGAGUACUAUCAGCAAUGAGAACAAGGUGGCUGAUCCUGAGAAACUCAAGGAGGAUCUCGACAAGUUGAAGCGCGCAAGUGUAGACGGCGUGAUGAUAGAUUGUUGGUGGGGUAUCGUCGAGGGGGUGACUCCUCAAGUUUAUGAUUGGUCCGCAUACUACGAUUUGUUCAGUAUGGUCCGAGACUGCAAGCUUAAAUUACAGGCUAUAAUGUCCUUUCAUCAAUGUGGGGGUAAUGUUGGAGACGACGUCUUCAUCCCACUUCCAGCUUGGGUGUUAAGAGUUGGCAAAGAGAACCCAGACAUAUUCUUCACUAAUAGAGCAGGAGUUCGGAACCCUGAAUCUUUGACAUUCGGUAUAGACGAUGAGGCUGUAUUGGACAGCCGGACUGCCCUUGAGGUGUAUUACGAUUUUAUGGAAAGCUUUAGGAAGGAUAUGCAAGAGUUCCUGGAAGAUGGCACCAUCACCGAAAUUGAAGUUGGAAUGGGUCCUUGCGGGGAGCUUCGGUAUCCGUCCUACCCAGAAACUCAAGGCUGGAAAUAUCCAGGAACGGGUGAAUUUCAGUGCUGGGACAAAUACCUACUGAAGAAUUUAAAGAACGCUGCGAAUGAGAAAGAACACCCAGAAUGGGGCGUGGGGCCAGCAGACGCAGGCGAUUACAACUGUACUCCGCACAACUCUGCUUUCUUUGAGGAAGGUCGCAAGUCCCCCUAUGGAGAGUUUUUUCUUGAUUGGUACUCCAGAGCUCUCAUUGAGCAUGGCGACAAUCUUCUGACGGUAGCGAGGCAUGCGCUGGGCAACACAAAACUUGCUGUUAAGGUUUCUGGGAUUCAUUGGUGGUACAAAAGCGCAAGCCAUGCCGCUGAACUAGCCGCUGGAUAUUACAAUCAAGCUUCAAAAUGUGGAUACACCCCCAUAGCCAAGAUGCUUGCAACGCAUGAUGCCACCUUGAACUUUACUUGUGUUGAGCUGCGCACCGCCGAUGAAACUGUAAAGUUCCCUGGUGCUUUGGCUGAUCCUGAAGGUCUCGUAUCGCAGGUUUUGCGAGCUGCAUGGGAGCAGGGUGUGGAGGUGGCUGCCGAGAAUGCGCUAUCAUUCUACGAAAAGUCUGGCUAUGAUCAGAUCCUUGUACAAGCAAAGCCUAAAGACUAUACGAACCAUCAUCUUUCAGCGUUCACCUACUUAAGAUUGACACCUGAGCUGAUGGAGGAGCAAAAUCUUGAGGAAUUUACCCAGUUUGUCCACAAACUGCAUGGUGCGCAAUGCUGAACGUUGUCCUGCAAGUUGAAAAGCGCUGUUAUGUCAUUCAGAACGAGAAUCAGCGAGAAAGUUGGGUACACUGCUUCAUUCCCGAGAUUUGUGAACCAAGUAUGAUUGCAGCAGGACCAGUGAAGGGGAGAAAGAUGAAAGAGGGAUGUACAGUAGUUGCACAAUCUGGUAACAUUUUUCAUUAGCAUAGAGCUAUUCCAUAUUUAGUCAUAACAGUAACAUUUGUUACCAUGUAAAAGCUCAUAAAUAAUGUAGGAAAAGUGAACUUGUCGUCAUCUUCAAUUUAACUGUCACAUUUGACACCCAGUUUUUUU